CAGGCUCCUCAGAGGCUCUCUGGACCCAUCUAAAGACACUGGACACAGUCUGUGAGGAAAGUGAAAGAAGUAUUGUGGUGGUUGGGCGGGUCAAGCGUAUUUCUGGCUUGUUGUUUUGAAGGCCUACGGGAGGAGAGGGGGGUAAAAAAAAAAAACCGAGUUAAAGAUGGCGGAAGUUGAAGGAGAUGAGACUGCUCGGCCCGCAGCAGCGCCCCGUGUUAACGGAUCGGGGAUGGACGGUUCUGAUAGCCAGACCCCGACCAUGGUGACCUCGGGUCCGCGCGUGGUUCGGAUAGUAAAGUCGGAAUCCGGUUACGGAUUCAACGUCCGCGGUCAAGUGAGUGAAGGCGGCCAGCUGCGGAGCAUUAACGGGGAGCUGUACGCUCCGCUCCAGCAUGUCAGCGCCGUGUUACCCGGGGGCGCGGCGGACCGGGCCGGUAUAGUGAAAGGAGACCGAAUACUAGAGGUUAACGGGGUGAGCGUGGAGGGGGCGACGCACAAGCAGGUGGUGGAUCUGAUCAGGGCUGGAGAGAGGGAGCUGGUGUUGACCGUACUCUCUGUGCCGGCACAGGAAGCGGACGGACUUGAAGGUGGCGAGGAAAGCGCAGUGCAGCCCAGUUACGACUACAGCGACAAGCAGGCCGUCCCCAUUUCAGUCCCCACAUACAAACAUGUGGAACAGCACUCAGAGAAGUUUGUGGUGUUUAACGUGUACAUGUCGGGCAGACAGCUGUGCUCGAAGCGUUACCGGGAGUUCGCAAUACUUCAUCAGAACCUGAAGAGAGAGUUUUCCAACUACAAUUUCCCAAAGCUGCCAGGGAAAUGGCCCUUUUCUCUGUCUGAACAGCAGCUGGACGCUCGCAGGAGGGGUUUGGAGGAAUACCUGGAGAGAGUGUGCUCAGUGCGAGUCAUAGGUGAGAGUGACAUUAUGCAAGAAUUCCUGUCUGAAUCGAAUGAGAACCACAAUGGCAUAAACGAUGUCGAGCUACGAAUAGCGCUGCCUGAUAAAACCACAGCCUCAGUGAGAGUCAGAAAGAACAGCACCACUGACCAGGUCUACCAGGCUCUUGUCAUGAAGAUUGGGAUGGACAGCAUCAUGGCCAGUUACUUUGCCCUCUUUGAAGUUAUUAACCACUCGUUUGUGCGCAAAUUGGCUCCUAAUGAGUUUCCGCACAAGCUCUAUGUUCAGAACUACACAUCUGCUGUGCCCGGGACGUGUCUCACAAUGCGGAAGUGGCUCUUCAGCACACAGGAAGAGGAACUGCUGCGGGACAACCCUCUCGCCCUGCACUACUGCUUCCAUCAGGCACAGGAUGAUGUGAAGAAGGGAUUCAUUAAAGCAGAGGAUAAAGCGUACCAGCUGCAAAAACUAGCAGAACAGAGAAAGAUGACAACGUAUCUGAGUCUUUUGCGCUCAUGUGAGGGAUAUAACGAGCUGACGUUCCCUCACUGUGCAUGUGACUCACGGAGGAAAGGUCAUGUGAUCACAGCCAUCAGCAUGAAGCAUUUCAAACUGCACGCCUGCACAGAGGACGGCACUCUUGAGAAUCAGGUGAUUGUCUUCGAAUGGUCAGAGAUGCAGAGAUGGGACACAGAUGAAGAGGGUAUGGCCUUCUGCUUUGAAUAUGUGCGCGGAGAAAAGAAACCUCGCUGGGUCAAGAUAUUCACUCCUUAUUUUAACUACAUGCACGAGUGCUUUGAGAGGAUUUUCUGUGAGCGCAAAUGGAGGAAAGAGGUUGAAGACGAGGCCUCAGACAAAGGCAAUAAGAACUGUAGUAAUAAUGAUUACCUCUCGCCGCUGGAGCAGCAGAAGGGAUGGUGCCACCUAGGGGGCGAGAUUGCCACUUCCUAAAACUCCUCUCUAGAGCCCCUGUGGAAUUGCGCUGGAUCAUCACACUAGAGCAGACCAUAAUGACCAUCUUACCACGGCAACACCCUAGCGACGCCAUACCAACCAUGUUUCCCACGGAGACAAAAGUGUGCCUUUCAGAUGCAAAGCGUUCCAUAUGACAACAACGGCAACGCAAAAUGCUGUCACCGUGGCAAAGCAGACGCAUAACUAUCGCUGCGGGGAUGUUUCGCACCAAUGGGUUCUGCUGUCAUUUCAUCAAUAGAUACUUUGAACUCGCAUAAGUACAUGUAAAAUACCACAUAGGACGAGACCUAAAGAUCUUCCACGCCAUCGGUUAAGGAGACACGCUCUUCUGUAAGUCCACUUUAGAGCACUGUUAUCAUGGCAGCGAAGUAACGAAUGACCACUUUGUGAUUUGAACAGCAGCCGCUAUCGCAACUGUUCAAAACAAUUGAUAUAUAUGGGAGAGGGAAGUCAUGCCUUGACAAAAAUUAAUUUGUGUAGCAAGGUCACUGUAAUACGGGAUCUUUCUAAAAUGAUAUUGUGAUGGCAUUAUUGCUUGAUUUUCCCAGUAUUGCUGACUAAAAUUAGUUCAUUUUCAUCUUAUUUCCCAUUAAAUGAGGAGUUAACAAGUGUGUGGGAGCAGUGAGAAGUGCGUGUGUGUGGAGUGACAGGACAGGAGUGUUUAUGGACAGGUGUAAUUUGCAUAAGCGACCUGUAGGGGGCCCCAGCAUCAAACACACAAAGCAGCUGCGCUCAGGAUACAGUUUUUGCGUUCAGUUUGUUUGUUGGACUCAGAGGAAACAUGGAGUCUUCGUCUGAGUUGGUUUUAGUGUUAUUUAUUGUUUAAGACUGCAGAGGCUUCCCUUGCUCAGUCAUAGAGGGAGAACAGCACCACACAUCGUAGAAAACAAGGGAUGGAUUGAGAAUAUCGGAAUAGUUUGCACGGUGUUUCUUUUCUUAUAUGGUUUGAGGAAAAAGAACUGAGGCGGCAGGCAACUGCUUUCAAAUUAAUUUACAAAUUCCCCACCAGAUAACAGCCAUUUUGUUUUUCAAAGUGGUCUAUGUUUGCUAUUUUUCUGUUUCUCUUUCUUCUUUCUUUAACGCGUAAGUAGAGAACCAGAGCUUAAAAAUAUAGUGUAGCCAAAAAGAUAUACCAUAAAAGACCUUAGUGGGCCCCCCUUGUCACAGGAACAGGCACAUUUUGACCAUUUUCUUAAAGGAAUAGCUCACCCGAAAAUGAAAAUGUACUCACUCUCAGUUCGUUGCUUCUUCGCUUUUCACUUCACAAGAUGUAAAUUGAUGGACUGGAGUUGUGUGGAUUAUUGUGUUGUUUUUAUCAGCUGUUUGGACUCUCAUUCUGACGGCACCCAUUCACUGCAGAGGAUCUAUUGCUGAGCAAGUGAUGCAAGGCUUAAUUUCUCCCAAACUCGUUUACAUUUUGGGUGGCCUGAGGUUAAGUAAAUAUUCAGUAAAUGUUAAUUUUGGGGUGAACUGUUCCUUUAACAGACAUGCAUGUCUAAUGCAAGUCAAAAGCUUUGCAUUCCAGCACAAUACAGUGAUAAAUCAGCUUAUCCUCAUCCAAAUGCUUAAGCCACCUUGGCUACGAUACCCUGAUCAAUAAGUCAGUUUGUUUUGUGUGUGUGUGUUCUUGAGUUGCACUCUGGUUAGAGUAAAGGCUCCUAUUAUAGCAGCACAGUAGCAUCUGUGGUCUAAGCAUAUUUACAAAAACUUAAUUUGUGUCUUCAGCCCUGAUUAUUUCUGUAUUUGAUUAGUUCAGCCAGUUUAUCAAUGUGAAUGAAGAAAAAAAAUCUAAGACCUGUGUGUUAUGCUUGUGUAAUUUGUCUUCUCGUCAGGAGUGCAGGUGUGACACUUUUUGUAUUGUUCGGAAAUGUCAAAAGUGUUCCACCUCGUAAUGUUCACCAGCGCUAUAAAAUAUAAAAAGUUUGGUCAGUGUUUCUUAAUUUGUGUCAAUGUGCCAGAGGGAAAAAAAAGAAUAUGAAUGUACCAGAAUGUAUUUAUGACAUGGAUGAUUAUUAGCAUUUUUUUGACAUUAACUUGAACUGCAGCCAUUCAAGAUUAUCAUAACGCUUCAGUUUAAAACUUAAGACACUAACCAGCUUUUAACCUCCCAUUGAGUGUUUUCUUAACUUUAGGCCCACCUUGAAAGUAUUAUUAAUAUUUGAGUGUUUUCCCCAAAACUGGUGUGUCGGGACGAUUACUGACAAGUUUAACGGCUAUAUGUCUUUGUUCUGCGCUUCAUCUGUACAUUUUACUGCUUAUGUGUAGUACUGACAGUGUCUUUGUAGCUUUUCUGACUGAAAACAUUAAUUUAUUUUUCUGCUGAAUCAAGGGGAUUGAACCAAGGCCUUUGCGGUGGGUUUAGGAAGGGGCUUUGUAUGGAAAAAGAUAUAAUGCAUACGUGAAGGAGAUAAACAGGCGUGCAUUAUUUCAUGUAGCCUAGAUAAUGGCAUAAAUUAACAAUAAUGUCGGGAUACAAUAGUUUUAUAUCUGAAAUGUGUAAAGGUUAAACUAACCAGAGUUAUAAAACAUGGAAAAAAAACUUUUAAGAAACAUCAUGUAGGUUGAAACAUUGUAACAUACUAUUUUAAAUAAAAUGACCUAUUGAAGA